CGUCGAAGCGGAAGAGAGCAUCAAGAGAGUCUUUAGGACGUGGAGGGUUUUACCCAAAUUUACCUUUACAAAUGGGCCCCGUCGCCUAGCGUUUUCUUUCCUGAGCCUUGCCAAGUGUGGUUUAGUAGCUGCUGGGUGCUGUCUGUAAGAAAGCACAGCUUCAGAAACUAAGAUAACAAGGUAUAACAUCACUUUCCAAGUAGUGAUCUAAGACUGGAAAGAUGGCAUCAAUUCCAUCAAGCGGCUCACUUGUUGCAACCCAUGAUUAUUACAGAAGGCGCCUGGGUUCCACUUCCAGUAACAGCUCUUGUGGAAGUUCUGAAUACUCUGGAGAAGUCAUUCCACACCAUCCUGGUCUGCCAAAGUCUGAUCCAGGCCAUUGGUGGUCCAGUUUCUUUUUUGGCAAACAUGUGCCACCAGCUAUGACCACUGUAUCGGAAAAUCCCCAAAACCCUGGGACUUUGAGUCUAUCUAAUGGCAAGGUGAUGUGCAGCUUGGCUCAGGAAGUAAUUGGGAACAGUGAGGCCAGUAAGCCCAGCAAACCACAGGCUUGAAGUUUAUCGAGCAACCAUCGCUGGACCUCGGAAUGCUAGGGACGGAGGCCUCUAUUUGGUUUUUUUUUUUUUUUUUUGGUUUAUUUUAUUUUUUUUAUAUUUUUGUAAGGCUGCUUUAGUGUCUUUUUUUAUUCUGUAACAUUUUGUGAGGCAUUUUUACUCUUAACAACAAAUUUAAUUAAUAAAUACAACACAAGCAGCUGAUCUUU